AUGAACGUAUUCCGGAAUAAGAAGAAGGGCAAAGAUGAGGCCGAAAGUGCCCGUCCGUCGAUGGAGUCCGAGUCCUCCAGCCCCUUUCGAAUGUUUGGCAAAAAGAAAGGCCAAAGCGAAGAAACCAAGCCCGAGCUCGACAUCAGCAGUGCUCUUCCCUCCACCGAUGACUUCAGAACCAGCUUGCUGAUGACUGGCCUCUCGGCUCGUUUUUCUAUGCUGCGUGAGCAAGACGACCCUACCACCAAGGUAGGCAAGGCGAGUGAUGACAGCGUCCUCUUUCCCCGCGGACAGUCAAAUUGGAACCUCGGAGGACUACAAGAUAUAGCCGAAGUGGAGUCGAUAAGGUCACCCUCCAUCUCCCGGUUGGAACCUUUCAACAUUGAUGACUCCGGAAGCGUCAUGAACCGGGCGAAGCCCGUCGACGGCAACACUCUCUUUGGCGGCCGACAAAAAGUCUACAGGCUCCCGGCGAACGGCUCUGGAGCGGGAAAGGACGGCCCCAUGUCUAGCCGGACGCUACUCGAGGAUGAUGUCGGCAUGUCGGCAUUCCAGAAAUGGCGGUUGGCAGAGAAGGAAAGGCAGAUUGCUGAAGGUGGCGAACCCUCUCCCAAUGAGACGGCAGACCUUGAGCCUCAGUCAGGACUUCAGUCAGAGCCUCUGCAAGAGUCUCAGUCAGAACUGCUGUCAGAGUCUCGGUCUGAGACUAGUCGGCGACGAGAGACAAGCUCAACAGUGUCGUCUGUUGCCGCCCGCUAUUCCACCGCGACGUCGGUGACCUCACAAGGCGCUCCGUCCGUCAGGGACUCCCAGUUCACGUCGUCCACCUCGUCGUCUUCUGCGGAGCGGAGCGUCCUCCGGACACGACGUCUCUAUGAGCAGGGUCUAAGCCGCGAUAUCCAAGACCAGCAGUCAUCAGCCAUGUCCAGGAUGGAUCACCUGUCCAAGGGACGCCCAUUUGCAUCUGCGAUACCGGAUGGGGCUUCACCGACUGCCAGUCUGUUUGGCGAUCGCAUCUUGGAGAGACGGCCGAUACUGGCAAAGGCUAGUGCCCCCAACCUGCGGUCAUUCACUCCUUCGACCACCAACUCUGCAGCCACUUCUCCUUCUGAGCCCAGUUCCAAGUUUCCGGCCGCUGGUCCCCCCAAGUCGAAUUUUGGUGCCGCGCCCAUCAGCCCCCCUAUGAGUGAGCCAGAAAACCAUCCGAUGCUUGCUAUCCAGCCCAAUGACAGGGGCAAGGCCACGGCCAUGGGCGUCUUCGAGAGACCAGCUGAGAAAUAUGAUGACUCCACAUAUGCCCAGCGACAGCUACAGCUACAGCAAGGACGAGAAACGCCGGUGAACCGUCACCGCUCAAUGGAAUCCAGCGUCUCUGCCACUUCCGAUGUCAAGUCUUCAUCAGCAGCGCAACCAGAAAAGAUUGAAUCUGUGGCAACCAAAACAGUAGGCCCCGAAGAUCCCCCUUCCUUCUUCGAUGAUAGCGACGAUGACUUGUCCAUGCUGAACGGAGCCCUGAAUUCCAUCAAAUUGCCAAAUCCAAGUCUGUCAGUUGAAAGACCCAAUGACGGCGAUCAUCCAGCCUUCAAAGGGCCCGCCAUCCCUGCCCCUCUCUCGCUCGGUUCCCGGGGGCUGGCUGGUAGCCUUUCGGCUGCGCCCAGUCCUAUGCCUGGAGCACCGCCGGACUCUCCCACCCUGGGACCGACUACCGGCUUGAGUGGCAUGGUGCGGGCUCAUCUGCGCAGCGACAGCAACGCCUCCUCGAUCUAUCCCAUGCCGGAAGAGGAUUCGGAGCCGGCUAAGGCGCAGAGUGGUCGGAGCCUGGAUCAUGACCGUAGUCCAGGCUCAGCACCAUUGGCCACCCAUGGGCGGGGCCCUAUGUCCCGAUCACCCUCCCGGCCCAGGAUCUCCAACGACGAUGUGGAGAGGGAGGAGGAGGAUGCAUUCGCCCGUCACCUUGCCGAUGGCGCUCGACGCGUCCGCGAGAAGCUGGGCUCAAUGGUGGAUGCCGAGAUGGACAGGCCGCCUCCGAUGACACCGUCAGCCUUGGAGGGUCCCAAAGAUGUCCCCCCUCCGCGAACAAAUGCGUUGGGUAUCCUCAAAUCAAAGUCCAGCCACACCUCGCUGUUUGACCGGCACGCUCGUGACCAGAGUCAGCCUAGGUCCAUGAAGAUGGUCAUGUCGUCGACGUCUAACGGGAGUCUACCACCAUCUCGUAGAGGUUCCACGGAGGCCGCAGACGACUCGCGUCGAGGACGGUCAACGCAAGCCCGAGAGCGACCAUCUGAUGAGGGAACUUCAACGGAUAAGGAGGACAACGUCCACGUCGGUCUGAAGGCAUUCCGCCAAGCCCGCCUCGAGCUCCAGAAGAUGAAGGAUCUGGAUACAGUGCCACGUCCCUCGGAACGACCUCCGCUGAGCGCACGAUUGGCGUCGCACGAUGCCGUCGGCCCUCCACCAGCCAUGUUUAAUAGAAAGGCGCGUGACGAGUCUCGGCAUGGAAGUGGUUCUCGCGCAACCUCCCGAGCGGGCUCGCGAGCUCCUUCGGAGCGAGAGAGGAGCGGCUCCGAAACGAGCAACACGGGCCCCCCUCCCCUUCGACCGAUGCGACUAAGGAACGGAUCGAAUGCAUACGACGACCAGUACAUGCCGGUUAGUCCGCCAGGCAGUGCCAGAAGCGCGACGGGUAUGAGGCACGGCCCUCCAAGUGCUCGACAGCGUCCUCCCUAUGAGGCAGGACAGCCCUCCCCAAUGGCCUCUCCCGUCGGCAUGGGCACGAGGUCCAGAAACGGCAGCCUGCUCGGAGCGACGGCGUCGACGCCGAACUUGUUGUCAAAUGCAGCAGCCCCUCCACUGCCACCAAUCAAUCCCCGGCGCAAGACCCUGGGCCGAGGCAGCGAGGAUGGCAUGCCAUCGCCGCGAGUCCCCGGAGGCUUCCCCGGCCUGGAUGAGUCGGAUGACGACACUCUGGCCCAGCGCCGACAGAAGCUGCGCAAGGCCACAAGCGAAGGCACCAGCCUCAGAUCGAGAAACGUCCCUCCUCCCAGCAACGGCAUGAGGCCGCCCAUGCCUCACGGCGGCAACCCCGGCAGUGACCUUCCGGGCGGCCUCAUCUGA